UUGUGUUAUUGUCUCUUCGGAAGGUCGUUCGAGGGAGGACGCUACGCAAGCAAACCGUCAAAGAAAAAUAAACUCCAAGGCCAGGGAUUUGUUUACAUAUUGUUUCAGCUUUUCUAAACAAUUAGAGCUUCAGUAAAACCGGUCUUGAAAAUGGGUGAAGGUGAUGUCUCUUGUUGGGGUUGCAGAAAGCCAUGCUUGGGAGAAGUGUUGAAUUUUGAAGACCACUUCUUUCAUACGGAUUGCCUCAAUUGUAAAGUCUGUAACUGUCAGCUUGCAAACAAGACAAUUUACAAUUAUGAAGACCACUAUUACUGCAGCGAUCACUAUUUCCAGCGUUAUGGCCAAAAAUGCUUCGUCUGCCGAGAAUUUAUUGAGGGCGAAGCUUUGAUUGUUCAUGGAAAUGUCUACCAUGAAGCUUGCUUUGCUUGUAGCAUUUGUAGGAAACCUUUUCCUGAGGGAGAAGAGAUCGUCUAUGAUGGGAAGACCUACAAAUGCAAUUCAUGCGCAAAUCCACCCAAGAGCCCAAGCACACCAAGCACACUGCAAAAAUGUGCUGGAUGUGGUGAUCAACUACGUGGUAGUCAGGCCUUGCUGGCGUUGGAAAAGCAGUGGCACUUGUGGUGUUUCAAGUGUUGCCAAUGUGGUUCCCUGUUGUCUGGUGAAUACAUGGCAAAGGAUGGUCAACCUUAUUGUGAAAAGUGCUACCAAAACCUUUAUGGUAUUGCUUGUGCAGGAUGUGGUAGCUUCAUCACUGGAAAGGUUUUACAGGCUGGCAGUAAGCAUUUCCACCCACGUUGCUCUAGAUGUGCAAAGUGCAACCAAGUGUUUGGGGAAGGAGAGGAGAUGUACCUCCAAGGGAAUGAAAUCUGGCACCCUCGCUGUACUGAAGGUGCAACAAUAGAGAUCAAGCAAAGUAAAGAUGUUCAGUCCAGUCCUGCUCCAGAACCACCAGUAAGAACUGCUAGUCAUCAUACUGAUUGGAAUGUCCGUUAUCAACAAAAUGGUCUCCCAGAAGAAAAACCAGUCAGGGAACCCAAGCCCAGGCCUCACUCCUACCAUGAAGCUUCUGUUGCUUCUCAGUCCUAUUCACCACCUUCAUCAGGGACUUCAACUGGUCAAAGAACUGUCAACAGACGCAUAAGUGCCGAUGAUAUGGACCAAGUUUUGCAGAGGAAUUUUCACCACUCAGACAGCGAAUUAUCAGCCUUGCAGCAACCUCAGAAGUACUACCCGUAUGAACAACUGAAGACUUCAAAUUUCAAACUUCCAAAGGGAAUUGAUAAGACUAAGCUUGAGACAUACCUCUCUGACCAGGACUUCUUUGACGUUUUCUCAAUGGCAAGAGUAGACUUCUACACUUUACCAGCAUGGAAACAGAGGGAUUUUAAGAAAAAGAAGCUUCUGUUUUAGAAAUAUAAGAAUCCUAUUCAUAACUUGUCAACAUGAUGAAUGUGUGUCUUCAAAUGAAAAUGCAGAGUUUUAAAUGGAUGCAAUUUAUUACUAGCUUGGUAAAAAACCUAAACACAUAAUACAAUCUUUGGGUGUGUGUGUUGAAACUUCUGAUACAAUUAUAUAAAUUGUCAUGUGAUCUUCAUUUAUAAAGUGAAUCAGUGUUUUUUAAGAGAUUGUUGUAGAAAAUUUCAAACAGUCUGUCAGUAUUCCGUAUGCCUGUUUGAUCUAAAAUGAGUUUUAUUUUACUUAUAGAUCGACUAGUCAAGAAUAUAUUUAGUUAGUUAAAGAGGCCUAGUCGACAUCAUUACCUGAGACAUUUUAACAGUCAUUUGAAUAAAACAGUGAGCCCCUAAAAUAUGUCUGGAAUGUUUGCAGCGAUGAAAAUGAAAUGAAAGCUUCUCUAAAGAUCUGAAACUAAAACUCAACCAUUCUUCCUUGGAAUUGUCCCAUAUUGCUCAAAUUAUGUUUUUGUUUUUUAUACCUAACUUUCCUGAGUGACAUACUUCAGGGGCUCAUGGUUUUAAUUCAGGAAACUGUAAUAUAAGUACUUUUGAAUUAAAUCGUGUAUUCAUUUUAACAUA